AUGGCCGCCGAUAUUGGCCAAAUUUCUCAGCUGCUGAAUGCGACCCUUGAUCCCUCUCAGCACCGUAAAGCCGAGCAAGCCCUCAAGCAAGAGGCCACCAAGCUGCAAUACUCGCUCACAUUGCUCAACAUUGUCAAUUCCGACACGCUUCCUCUCAAUACCCGGCUCGCUGCUUCCUUGGCCUUCAAGAACUUCAUUCGUUCCAACUACGUGGACGAGGAAGGCAACUACAAAAUCCCGCAGGAUGAAGUCCAAGUAAUAAAGGAGCGACUCAUUGGUUUGAUGAUUUCAAGCCCGCCUAAUGUCCAGAAGCAGCUGGGAGAAGCUAUCAGCGUCAUCGCCGACUCCGAUUUUUGGAGGCGGUGGGACACGCUGACCCAAGAACUGGUUAGUCGGUUUUCUUCCACGGAUCCCAAGAUCAAUGUCGGCGUCCUCGAAGUCGCUCAUUCGAUUUUUAACCGAUGGCGUCCUCUGAACCAAUCCAACGAGCUGUACAUUGAAAUCAACCACGUCAUAACCACGUUUGGUCAGCCUUUUGUUCACUUGCUUGUCACUACCGACAGCAAAAUUGCUGCCAAUGCCAACAACAAAGAUGCCCUCAAGGGCUGGUUUGAGACCCUCGACGUGCAGAUCAAGAUCUUGUAUGAUAUGUCAUGCCACGAUCUUCCCCCGAUUUUCGAAGAAAACCUCGCAAGCAUCUCUGAGCUCCUACACAAGUACCUGACCUACAACAACCCACUGCUCGAGACCGCCGACGAUGAUGAGGCGAGCAUAGUCGAUACGGUCAAGUCUGGAAUCUGUGAGCUGCUGGAGCUUUACACUAUCAAGUACGACGAGGACUUCUCCAAAUACUGCUCCCCGUUUAUUACUAGUGCGUGGAAUCUACUGUCGACAGUUGGACCUCAAACCAAGUAUGACAACCUGGUGAGCAAGAGCUUGCACUUCUUGACCGCGGUCGCCGGAACAGCCGAGCACGCCAACGUAUUCAAUGACGAGAACGUCCUGUCUCAGAUUGUCGAAAAAGUCAUUUUGCCAAAUGUGGCGCUCAGAGAAUCAGAUGUUGAGAUGUUCGAGGACGAACCCAUCGAGUUUAUUCGACGAGAUCUGGAGGGCUCCGAUACGGACUCAAGACGCCGGUCCUCGACGGAUUUCUUGCGAAAAUUGCAAGAGAAGUUUGAGAUUUCCGUCACUACCGCAGUGUCCAAGUAUAUUACCCACUAUCUGGAGCAGGGCAAGACAAACUGGAAGGCCAAGGACACGGCCGUCUACUUGUUUUUGUCUGUUGCCUCCAAGGGCGCCGUCACGGCUGCCCAGGGCGUCAAGACUGUGAACCCACUGGUCAAUGUUGUUGAGUUCUUUGAACAGCAUAUCGCGUCAGAUCUCAUGGCAAGCGAGGGAGUUGAGCCCAUCUCAAAGGUCGAUGCCAUUAAGUACCUCUACACAUUCCGCAGUCAGCUGUCCAAGGAACAGUGGAAGCUCGCUUUACCGCCGUUGAUCCAAAACAUGAACUCAUCCAACUACGUUGUAUACACAUACGCCGCAAUUGCCGUUGAACGCGUCUUGUACCUGGCCGAUGACACAGGCAAUCAAAUGUUCCCUCGAGCGGAUAUCGAGCCAUUUGCAAAGGACCUCCUCAACCACUUGUUCAAGUUGAUUGAGCGCGAGACCAAUGCCGCGAAAUUGCAAGAAAACGAAUUCCUGAUGCGCUGCGUCAUGAGAAUUCUCAUUGUCAUCAAGGAUGGCGCCGCGCCAAUACUAGAUAGCGUCUUGACGCAUCUUGUUCUCAUAACAAAUGUCAUGAAGCACAAUCCCAGCAACCCCAGGUUCUACUAUUACCAUUUUGAGGCCAUGGGGGCCUUGGUGCGAUACUGCGCUGGAACCAAUACCGCAGUUUUCAACCAGAAGCUAUGGGAGCCUUUUAAUCUGAUUCUGAGCGAAGAUGUCACAGAGUUUAUUCCUUAUAUUUUCCAAAUACUUGCUCAGCUCCUUGAGUCAAGUCCCGCGGACGCGGUUUCCGAGAACUUCAAGAAUAUUCUGGGACCUCUUUUGGCUGCACCCUUGUGGGAGACCCGCGGUAACGUUCCCGCCUGCGUUCGACUUUUAUCGGCCGUCAUUCCCAAGGCAGCGAGCUUGAUUAUUCAGAACAAUCAGCUGGAAGCUGUCCUCGGGAUUUUUCAAAAACUGCUUGCAUCCAAGAAGUCCGAAGUCCAAGCCUUUGACAUCCUGGACGCCAUUGUCAACUCGUUUGAGCCCUCUGCCCUAGACAAGUACUUUGGUACGAUCCUGCAGCUCCUAUACACCAAGCUGCAGGGAUCUCCUGCAGACUCGUUCAAGAUCCGGUUCGCCCGGUUCUAUCAUUUGGUCAGUGCCAGGCUCGAAGCCGGCUAUGGCGCGGACUUCUUCAUCAAGCAAUCGAAUCAGUUGGAUGAGCGUGUAUUCGCCCAAGUAUAUCCGCCGUUUGUGCUUGCUGAGACGGAGAAGCUCGCCAGGCCUGUCGACCGCAAAAUAGCGGUUGUGUCACUGACCAAGACGCUCUGCGACUCGCAAGUGUUUGCGCAGAAGUUUAUGAAGGGCUGGGCCAACAGCUGUCGCAUUCUGUUGUCGCUGCUUGCAAAUCCGCCCACCGUCGCCGCUGGCCAGGGCGACGAGAUGAUCACCGAAACUUCAGUCGACGACAUUGGUUUCGGCAUGACCUACACUGCUCUCAACACGUGUCGGCCCCUGGCUCGUGACGACUUUCCGGAUGUUCAGGAUGUGACGACAUGGGUCAAGCAGUACAUGGCUGGGGCCGACCAGCGACACGGUGGGGCUGUCCAAGGUUUCAUUGCCGGCAGACUCCCCCCAGAGCAGCAGGAGGCCAUUGCCCGGUACAUUCGCUGA